GAGGUAACCUUUCAAUGCUGUAUGCACACAGAAGCCCUUCUGUGACCACAGCUGCCAAGCAAUGUAGCUCUAUGGUAUACUGUACAUUAUACAUGCCUCACGUUUUGUAACUCCACAUGUGCAUUGAUGAUGAAUGUAUGGGGAGACGCGACAUGUACAGUCGCCUAUACCAUUAUUGUAAUGCCUUGCAUGUUAGAUUUAAUUAUUCAUUGUUGAUCUGGAAUUAGCGUGUUUACAUGUUGUCAGAUAAAGUCAUCAGCAUGCAAAUUAUUGAUCAAUUGUAAAAUGGGGGGUGGGGGUGAUUGAUUGUAGUGCAAGCGCAAGAUUUCUGACCAUUUCAUGACAGCCAGUGUGCGCCUGGAGUUGGACCACAUUUAACAUAUCAUCAUCAGGCAAAAAGGUCACCUCACCGUAUUGCAGACAACACAAUCUAGUUCUCUAUUCCCUGUGCCGCCAGCGGCCGAUUAAACAGUAGUUCACAACAGAUCGGGCAGUGUGCUUGUACGUGUGAAAACUGAUGCCGGGAUAUUAAUCUGGGGCCCUUCCAUAUGUCACUAGUGUUCAUCUUGAUUUAACCAGCUGUAGCGUUCCUACCUCUUGGAAAUAAUUGUAGCCAGCCAGGCCUUUUGGCCACCAUGAAUGUGGCGAUGUUCUUGAAUACACUGACCCCAAAGUUCUACGUUGCUCUGACAGGGACAUCUUCCCUCAUUUCUGGACUCAUCUUGAUAUUUGAGUGGUGGUACUUCCGUAAGUAUGGCACCUCAUUCAUAGAGCAGGUCUCCUUGAAUCACCUUUCUCCAUGGCUUGGAGGGUCGGAUACCAGUGGCAGUGGCACCAACCAGCAGUCUCCACCUGAAUGCAAGACGUGGCGAAAUCCGCUGAACUUGUUUCGCGGUUCAGAGUACAAUCGUUAUACAUGGGUGACGGGCAAGGAUCCGCUGACGUACUACGACAUGAACCAAUCGGCACAGGACCACCAAACUUUAUUCACAUGUGACUCCGACUCCAAGAGACCAUCGGACGAAGCAGUGAUGCUAAGAGCGUGGAGGGAGCGAAACCCACAGAAUCGAAUUAAAGCGGCCCAUGAAGCCUUGGAAAAGUCACCAGAUUGUGCAGCAGCACUGAUCCUUCUGGCGGAGGAAGAAUCGACAACGAUUGCCGAGGCAGAGCGGUUAUUCAGACAAGCUCUCAAAUCGGCCGAUACCAACUUCAAGCGGAGUCAGGCUUUACAGCAUCACAGUCCAACGCAUGAAAAAAUACACAGGCGUGACCUGAACAUCUUGGUGUAUAACAAGCGUCGUCUUGCUAUGUGUAUGCGCAAACUUGGUCGUACAAAAGAAGCGGUCAAGAUAAUGCGAGAUCUUAUUAAAGAGUUCCCAGUGGUCAGCAUGUUUCAGAUUCACGAAAAUCUGAUUGAAGCUCUAUUGGAGAUGCAGUACUACGCAGACGUCCAGGCUUUGCUGGCAAAGUAUGACGACAUCAGUCUCCCAAAGUCGGCAACGAUUUGCUACACGGCGGCCCUGCUCAAGGCCAGGGCAGUGUGUGACAAAUUUUCGCCGGAGGUAGCUUCUAAGCGUGGUCUAACUACAGCUGAAAUGAAUGCAGUUGAAGCUAUUCAUAGAGCAGUGGAGUUUAAUCCUCAUGUACCAAAGUAUCUCUUAGAGAUAAAGAGUUUCAUCCUUCCCCCGGAGCACAUCUUGAAGCGAGGAGACAGCGAGGCCAUCGCCUACAGCUUCUUCCAUCUACCCCACUGGAAGAGGGUAGAGGGGGCGCUGCAGCUUCUCCAGUGUACGUGGGAGGGUACCUUCAGAAUGAUACCCAGCCCUUUGGAAAAGGGCCACCUGUUCUAUCCCUACCCUAGCUGUACGGAGAGUGUCGACAGAGAACUCCUUCCAGCUUUCCAUGAGGUCUCCGUCUACCCAAAGAAGGAGCUUCCAUUCUUCAUCCUGUUUACAGCGGGGCUUUGUACGUUCACAGCACUGCUAGCCCUACUCACACACCAGUUUCCUGAACCCAUGGGAGUUAUUGCCAAAGCAUUCCUGUCUUCACUGUCUGCUCCAUUCAGCUUUGUCCUGGAGAAGAUAGAGAGCAUUGUGCCUGCAAGCCUCUGGCAGCAGCUCACACGCCUUUAAUAGCCAAUCAUCUACCGAAGUGCUUGUCAUGUGACACUACGCCCCAAGCCAAUAGGCCGGCUGCUAGUCUAGCAUGUGAUUGAUCAGGUGAUGGGGGAACUGACCAAUGGGACCCCUAGUACCUGUUGUUGAAAUGACUUUGUCUGUCUCUCGUAGUGACAUUAAACUGAAUAUUACUGAACUGAGGUAUAUUUGUGGUCUUUAUAACUGUUUGUCUUAUGGUCACAUGAGUUUGUUCUACGCUGUAAAAAACCUUACAGUAUGUAUUUUUGUGGCUUUGUUAAGCUUUUGAUGGAUUAUAGUUUACCUUUAAGUGACAUUUGCUUUGCAAUUUUUCAGAACAAGAAAUCUGGGUUUUUAUCAACAAGCGAUCCUUUUGAUUUCCCCUCCUAUAUAUUUUUGAACCCUAGCAUUGGUGGCGUAUUUCCACCGACCUGACCUACUAUUUAUUUUGUUAAGCAAAAAAAAAAA